AAUGAACUAUGAAUAAUGUCAUUAGGGUUGUUAUUUAUAAUAUUCUAUGAAUAAUAUCAGUGAUGUUUUGUCUGCUUAACAAUAAAUGCUAAACUGUAUGGUUAUAAAUUUCACAAAAAAUAUAUUGUUUUAAUUACAUAGUAUUUCAUAUAUCUUUUCUAGACAAAGUAUUUAAUUUCAGGAUGACUCCAGCUGUUAUUAAUCAGCUUGAUGAGGAUAUAGCUGCUAAAAGCAAAGUAAUUAUUUAUGAUGGAUCUAAGAAUGAAAUGUUUACGUUCAAUGAAGGCUAUUCUAUUCUUUCUAGAAGGUUAAAAAUGGAGGGUUUUAAAACUUAUAACAAUCAAGGAGAUAUUACACCAGAGCUUUUAUCAAAAGCAGGUGUUUUUGUGCUACCUGGUCCGCGGGAGAAAUUUACUGUAACUGAAAUAAAUAUUUUGAGAGAAUAUGUUGAUAAAGGUGGCAGUAUUUUUGUGACAAUGGGCGAAGGAGGUGAGAAAAGCUUCCAGACAAAUAUAAAUUUCCUUUUAGAAGAAAGAGGCAUUAUGAUAAAUAAUGAUGCUGUAGUUCGAACUGUGUAUCAUAAAUAUCAUCACCCUAAAGAGGUUCUGGUAUCAAAUGGUGUACUGAACAGGACAAUUACAUUAGCCGCUGGAAAAAGUAUUCCUGGACAGAAUCAAUCGGAAUCAAACAAUGCCCAGGCUCUUUCUUUCCUUUACCCGUACGGAGCAACACUCAAUGUAGCCAAGCCGGCUGUAGCGGUUCUGUCAACAGGAAGUGUUUCCUUUCCUCUGAACCGUCCAGUUUGUGCUUUUUAUCAACACCCUACUUCCGGUGGUAAAAUUGUUGUUCUGGGUUCAACUCACAUGUUCUGUGAUGCAUAUAUAGACAAUGAAGAAAACUUAAAACUUGUGAAUGUGAUCUUCAAUCAUUUGACAGGCUCUGGUUUGCAACUGAAUUCUAUAGACGCUGAUGACCCAGAGAUUUCUGACUAUCACAUGAUCCCUUCCAUUGGAAGAUUGGCGGAGCGGACCUUUUCCUGUCUUCAAGAGUGCGAUGAAAUCCCCGGCGAUCCUUCGGUACUGUUCCGCACAGCUUUGUUUCAGUUCGACAACAAAGUUUUGCCUAAAGUUCUGGAUGCCUACAAAGAGCUGAACAUGAAGCAUGAACCUUUGAAAUUAAUAAUGCCCCGCUUCGAGACUCCAUUGGCGCCUCUGCAGCCUGCCGUGUUCCCACCGUCCUUCCGAGAGCUUCAAAAGCCUGCCCUCGAGCUUUUCGAUUUAGAUGAAGCGUUCAGCACCGAGAAAGCAAGACUGGCACAACUGACCAACAAGUGCGCGGACGAGGACAUCGAGUACUUUAUUCGAGAGUGCGGGGAUGUGCUGAAUGUGACGGACAAGCUCCCUUCCGACAAGCGGGACGGAAAGCACAUCUUGGAAUACAUCGCCUCCCAAGUGGCUGAGUUUAAGAAACUGAAUCAUGCGAGUAUGGAAUGACUCGCGAGUGCCUUUACAGGACGUUUGUUUGCCAACCUCGAGAAGUUUAUACUUAAUAUUUUGUGAUGAGCAAUCCAUGGUAUGAAUCUGUUACAAAAGCAUUUGUAUUUCAUGUCAAUCAUAAUCACCACUUGGUAAAUUAUUUUUAAAA